AUGGAGUUUCUAGGAACCACUCAGACAGCCAGUUACUGUGGCCCCAAGAAAGACUGUGGCAUGCAGAUGCUGCCCCCUGCUGGGCAGGGCCCUAUAAUACAGGAGUGCUACCAACCCUAUCAUUUGCCCGGUUACCGCUACCUGAAUGCGUGGAAACCCAGCGUCUUCUACAAGAUUGCCACCACCCAGUCAUGCCCAGAGGAAUGCCAAGGCGCCCGGCGUCCGCCCACCAUCCUGCCCUCACUCCGCUCCGCGCUCUUCUGUCGCUACACCCCACGCGACUGGGACCGCUCCAACGAGCUGCAGAUCAGGGGCGCAGAAGCCUCACGACUCUGGGCCAGCCGGCUGACUGGCGACUCCCUGCGGAUCAUGCAGGAUAAGGACCAGCUAACGCGCCAGAUGCAGGAAGGGACCUCCCGGAACCUGGGCCAGAGGCUAUCCGACAUCGGCUUCUGGAAGUCCGAGUUGUGCUAUGAGCUGGACAGGCUUCGGACAGAGAACAACAGCAUGGACACCAUCAAGAGGCGCUUGGAGUGCGCAGCCCAGGAGGUGAACUGUCCUCUGCAGGUAGCCCUGGAAUGUCUGUACAAUCGGGAGAAAAGGAUCGGAAUAGACCUUGUCCACGACAACGUUGAGAAAAACCUUAUCCGGGAAGUAGAUUUACUAAAAUGUUGCCAAGAUCAGAUGAGAAAAUUAGCUAAACGAGUCGAUUUCCAGAUGCGAGAUAACCGGGAUGCUCAGCAUGCCCUAGAGCGGGACAUCGAGGACAAGACCUCGGCCCAGUGUAUUGAUGAGGGGUGUUUUAACCUGAGAAACACAUCCGACGCCAUCAGCUUCUUCCAUGGCAUGGAGAAGUUUGACGGAACGGUCUCUGUUCCUGAAACCUGGGCCAAGUUCAGUAAUGACAACAUUAGACACUCUCAGAACAUGCGGGCCAACUCUAUCCGGCUGCGAGAGGAGGCAGAACACCUGUUCGAGACCUUGUCAGACCAGAUGUGGAAGCAAUUCACCAACACCAACCUAGCCUUCAGUGCUCGCAUCUCGGAGGAGACAGAUGUGAAGAACAAACUCCAGACGCAGCUGGCUAAGACACUACAGGAGAUCUUCCAGGCAGAGAACACCAUCAUGUUGCUGGAGAGGGCCAUCAUGGCCAAGGAGUGCCCACUGAAGGUGGCGCAGACCAGGCUGGCGUGCAGGACCCGACGGCCUAACGUGGAGCUCUGCAGGGACAUCCCACAGUUCAAGCUCGUGAACGAAGUUUUCACUAUAGACGACACCCUACAGACGCUCAGGCUGAGGCUGCGGGAGACACAAGACACGCUACAGAUGCUGGUGAUGACCAAGUCUCGGCUGGAGCACGAGCUGGCCAUCAAAGCCAAUACCUUAUGCAUCGACAAGGAGAAGUGCAUGCGCAUGCGCAAGGUCUUCCCCAGCACGCCCCGCCUGGUGGGUUAUACCAGCUCUGGGGUCUGCCCAGGCCAUUGCGCCAGCCUCGUCCCUUGUGUCAGCCCCGCCCCCUGCGGCAGGCCCCCUGGCGGAGGCUCCUCACUUUGUGGAGGCCCCGCCCCUUGCGGGGGUUCCGCCCCUUGUGGGGGAUCCGCCCCUUGUGGAAACUCUUCGGGCUGUGCUGGCUCUGCGUCUUGUUCCUGCUCAGGCUCCUGCUUUGCGCCGGUUUGCUAA